AACGUUGUCACGCGCCGGUUUUGCAGGCAGCUUGCGGCGUACUUGUAAUUUGUUUGUUUUGAGUCUAACGGCUUUAGUGGUUAAUGGAGCUCAUCGGAAGCAGUUACAAAGGAGAUACAAAACAUGGCAGGAUGGAAGGAAGAGGAGAAUAUGCAUUCCCCACAGAGACCAAGUAUGUAGGGGAGGUAAAAGAUGGAUUGUUUCAUGGAAAUGGAGCGCUCUACUUUGCCAAUGGAAGUAAAUAUGAAGCAACGUGGGUGAAGGGACUUGCUCAACAGGGGACCUUCACUUUCUCUGAUGGCCUAGUCUAUCAAGAGAAGGACUGGGGGUACUGUGACAGUCAUGACAGGCGCUUCUACAGUGAAAAGUGUAACGGACUGAAACCUGCAGGAGAGUCUCAGCUAACUGAUUUGGACCCUCCACGUGUCAUCUCUGAUGGGUGUUACGACUGUGGUGAUGGUUUCUACAAUCCAGUUACAAGAGUCAUCACUGCUUACAAUGGCGAUAUCCUGAGGAAUGCUGAUGACCACGAGCACGAGUGGAUCGUGCGCACGUGUCGUAAAGCUCGGGACGACGUCGUUGGCCCUGAUGUCGUCAUCCGGCAGUAAAACGAGGAACCCCUCUGCACGCUGCAGACGUGACGACUGACGUCAUUUCAGUGUGACGUCAGGAAGCGCAUGUACUCCGCACCAGACAUGUUAACAAAACAAGGAAUCAGACAAAUAAUAAACAAUAUGCAAAAUUUUUAAAAAAAGAAAAUGG